AUGCAAUUCUUCAGGUACGAGCGCGACCCGCGCGACAUCGAGGCAGUCCAGCAGUUCGCCGACUCCAUCCUCUCCGCGGCAGAGGAGCAGGCCCUCUCGAACGCAAAGCAGAUCAUCGAGCAUGACGAGAUGCAGGACGACAAAGAGGUUAUAAUUCGCGCGCGCAAUGGUCUCGUGGACGCUCUGGCCGAGAUCAAGCGAACACAAAAGGUGAUCGAGCGGUACAUCCUCAAGCUUGAUGAGUUCCUUUCGGAUAUUGCUGAGAGGGAGAAGGACGGGGAGAAAGAUGGCAAGGAGGCACAGAGUGAGGGAGGCCAGACAAAGACCAAGCUGGACUAG